UCUUCUCCGUCCUUUUUAGUUUUCGUUCAGUGACCUUUUAGUUUGUUGAGACAAAUCGUCGUGUUAUUAGGGCUAUUAAGGCCUGGUGUUGGAGGAAAAUUGGGGCAAAAUAAGAGAGCACUAAGUGCAAUCAAUAAGAAUGUAAGAGGAGCUCCUCCAUUAGUACCCUGUGUUGUCAUUACUGAGAAGUUGGGUGCACAUAUCGUAUGAAAACAACAACAACAACCAGCAGUCGAGGCAGCAAAGUGGCCGCCAGUCCCAGUGGCACCAAACAGAAAUGAAUCAGAAGACUGCAUUAUUAUUGAUGCUGAAGAUUACAAGGCCACUGGUUAUUCUACCGUGCCAAUGUUUGUGCAACAUACAGAAGCAAUGAUGGAGGAAAUUGACACGAUGGAUGAGGAGAUAGAGAUGGAAGAUGUUGAACAUUUGUCAAUUGUUGAUUUGUUGACACAGACAGUUCUGAUAAAAAGAACUCACUUGCGGUGGUGGAAUACAUUGACGGUAUCUAUGCUUACUGCAAGAAGGCUGAGGUUGUCAAUUGCCGGAGUUAAGAUCGAUGGAUCAACACCCCUUCCUUACGGUGUACGCUUGGAGGAUACACUGGAAAGCAAUGAGGAAAAGAACGACGACUAUAAAGAUUUAACGCAAGGAAAUAGACAAGAAUAUUCUACAAGUACGCUCAACAAUAUUUUUAAUUGUCGGAGAUGAUGAUGGGUGGCUAAUGUUUUCAUUCCUGUUUUCCUCUUCUGGUGAGUUGUUGUUUUUUACUAUACUCUAAUUUUCCCUUUCUUUUUGUUUUAAUCAUUCACAUGACUCCUUAUUGAACAGUGCAAAUCCGUAAGCCGAAGUAGGUAAUACGAUUACGGUAAUUCGCUGGAAGUGACUAGCUGGAUUUUCAUUCACUUUCCUACUUUCAAAUCAAGUUUCUCCAUUUUGGCCCCAGCUUCUACUUGACAUAUGCUGUAUUUAUGAGCUUUGCAAAGUUCUCUCUCUUUUUUUUUUUAAAGAAAAAGUUGUUGAACCAUUUUUAUUUGGUUUUUCAUGUUCUUUUGGAUAGCUUCUAGAUGAAUUGUGUACAUGCAUGUCCAUAUUGGUAUCUUUGAUUUUGAAAAUAGAUGCAUACACAACACGUGCAUUUUUUGGGAUAUGAAAUUGCCAUAGAGUUUGUGUCAUUUAUGUGGUGUUUGCACUCCCAUUGAUGAUCUUAUAUUGUUUCUACUUUUCUCCCUGAACUGAGCUUUGUUUCUUAGUAGAAUUAGCAUUAAAACAUUGAGCUUGAGGAAUGUGAUAUUACAAAGAAAUGGGACCAUGUGUUCAUUAUUGUAUUUGAUAACUUUGAACAUUGAGUUUGACGAAUGUGAUAUUACAGUAGAAUAGUAGCAUGUGCUCUUUAUUGAACUUGGUGUUUGGAGAGUCAUCUCAUAUCAUAAACUUUGUCUCUAUAAUUGGUUUGAGCUUCCUUGAUUGGUUUGGUUGUUUUCUCUUUGUUAUUUUAAUUAUUUUGUUUAUUCAAAUCAGGUAAUAUUUUGUUGCUUAGUUGAUUAACAAUUGAAACAUUAUUGAGGUGAGCCACUCUUAUUUGCAAGGACCUCCAUUUGCUAAAACUAACGACUGCUUAGGGAAUGAAACAUGAGGCACAAACGAUAUGAAAGUUUUAAGAUAAAAGGAUUAAAAAAAAAUUGGUAGCAUCAAUUUAGAUGUUGACGAACUCACAAAAGAAGGGUUGUCCAAGUAUAUCGAUUGUCAAACAUGGAAGUGCUUUGUUACUAUAGAUGGUCCUACUUUGAUUGAGGUCCUGCUGAUUUUAGUUCUUUUCUAAGGGGCUGGAAGAUUUAACGCGUUAGCGAAGAUCAGAGAUAAGAGCGGUCUCUGUUUUUGGAUAGUUUCGCUGUUCUUUUUUACAUGCAUGGGUGUAUCAAUUAGGUAUUUAGUGAAUUUGAUAACCAACCUAAUUUCUCUGUAAACAGAUUCACCAAAGUGCUUAUUAUAUGCCUGAAGCCAUUGGAUAAAUACUUAAAACAUGACUACAUUACAAUUGACUGGUUAGAUUCAUCUCAAGGAGCAUGAUAUUUCAAUUUUGGGUUUAGAAAAACUUGAGGAAUUAAAUAUGGAAUGAUUACAACAUAUCCAAUGUAUCCCACAAGUGGAUCCCUACCUUGUGAAGGUAGAGAGGUUGUUUCCGGUUGAUCGUCGACUCAAGUAAGAUAUGGAAUGAUGGACACUUCAAACGAAAAUUGCUCUAACCCAAAUUUUUUCAACCUUCUCUUGCUCCUAAAUGAAAAAGAAUUUAUUUUUUGAAUUUGAUUAUUCCUCUGUGUGACAUAGUGAAUGCAGAAAAGUAUGCACUCUGAACUCACCAUACUUGAUGUUUGACAUGUAUACCUGACUAUUAAUAAGUUCCAUAGGUAACUAGGGGAAUCAGAAGGUUAGCUACUGUAAUAUGAAGACUUCAAGAACUUUAAGUCUAUAAAAGAUUCCAUGAGUAUAGCGAUACGUAGAUUGUUCUUGACUAGAUAUAUUUUUUCCACAAUGCAGACAUUGAUGAUAUUGCAACAACAAGAUCUUGCUAUUUUCAUGUUGGGACUAUGAAAUCUGAUGAAUAAUAUUAUUGAUUGAAGAGCAACCAAUAUUUCAGGACUAUGGAAUCCGACUUUAUAGAGUGGAAAGAAACAAGAUUAAAUAACUUUCUAUGUGCAUAAAAUUCUUUAUGUGCAAUUAGUUUGUAGUUUAAUCUUUUGUCAUUAACGCCAACUUCACCUUGCAAGCUUCCAUCAGUGCUGAAAAGACAACAUUGGAGCAGAAGAUGUAAGCAAGCUGAUGCGCCAUUUGGAUGAAAAAAACAAGCUUUAGGAAAGUGGUGCCUUCAUUUGGCAAUAAAACUCCCCCAAUGGUCAUGAAAGAGCUUCAUCCUGGAACAACUUGUGUUAUUAGCAGCAUUUGUUAACUACUAUGCACAGCUGCCAAAAUACAGAUUCCAACCCGUUGAAACAUAUCUCAUACAUAUGUUGGACCAUCUACAAUCUCACUGUUUUUGCCUUUUUAGCAAGCUCCCUUUAUAACUUUAUUCCGCAAAUAAAUGUAAUAUACUAUGAAGCAAAUUAUGUCAAUAUGUAGUUUAAUCAUGUCUCAUUAGUAAAAAGGCACGGGCGCGGCCCAUCUUGUAAUAAUAUUUAGAAACGACAGUUGGGUGUGUACGAACACUGCUCAAAUAUUUGUACGAAAAGCUGAGUAAAUUGUACCGUAAAAAUUAGAGAAAGUGUUGAAAUUA